AUGUCUGACCGUCCCAAGUCUCCCAAAGCCAAAUACCAAACCGAACGAAUUAUUCGCGUCGAUGCCAUGCCUCCCGCUUAUCGAUCAUCUACAUAUGUGGUGCAACCAGCUCUCCUUCCCCUCAAUCAUUGCCAUGGAAAUCUGUACUUAGUUCAAGAACGUGAACGCGAACCAGAGCGCGCGCCGGGACAAGAAAGGGAAGGAGCUAGAGAAAUAAAUAGGAGACCAAGUUGCUCGGAUUUAUUCCAUAGUAUUGAUGUUAUGCAACGAUUGGGCGAAAGAUUCAAGGUGCUAAAUGCGACGUUUUCUCAUCCGUCUCCUCCCACUCCGAACGCAAAUUCAGGCAAUAACAAUUCCUCCCCUUUGCUGCCUCCUCAUAACGGGAAUCCUGGUCAUGGUAACACCAAUGCUCCUCCUGCCCAAGCAAAUGAUAACCCUGCGAACGCGGCAUUAGCAGCCAGGAUUAAAGAAUUGAAAAAGGAGAAGGAAAUUGAGAAGUUGAAUGGGGAAUUGAAUGGGUUUAGGGGUGAUAUCAAAGAGCUGCAGAUGAAAUCUGAGAGAGAGGAAGGAAGGAGAGAGGGGAGAAUGGAGGGAAUGGGUUUGGGUAACAAUAUUAUGGUGGCUGGUCACGGGCGCAAUUUUGGUGAUUCUUGGAUCGACACGAAUGGAGAACUUGGUCAUAAUUUCUCACAACGUCGUGGCCAAGAUCGAGAUCGAGACGCAGAAAAUACAAGACGGAGAAUCGAAGCGUUGGAACAGCAGAGGGUUAGAGAAGUGGGUGGUGAGUUACUGCUGCGCAGAAUAGAUGAUAGAUUGGAGGGAAGACUGGAUCGGAUGGCGGAUGCGGAGAGACAACGGGAAAUAGUGGUGUUGAGGGAGAGGGAGAGGGAAAGGGAGAGGGAUAUGGAGAAUGAGAGGAGAAUUAGGAUGGAUAGGUUUGAGGAUAGAGUUGAGGGGCGUGUAGAUAGGUUUGAGAAUCGUGUUGACAGGAUGGUGGAACGGGAGUUUGAUAGGGUGGGUGAGGGUGUAAGAGGAGGGGAAAGAGAAAGAGAGAGAGAAAGGAGGGAAUUAGAGAGAUAUGCGAGACCGAGAAUUAUGAGGGAGAGGGAGAGAGAGAGAGAUUGGGAGUAUGGAUAUGAGAAUGGUUCUGGGUAUGGAGGGCGCAGGUAUCGAGGGUAUGUGUAG